GUAAGCGCUCUCUGCCUCUGCCAAGAUGUCUGCGCCCGACGAGGACACGUUUGCCGAGGAAGGAGGCGAGAUGGAGGAGCUGGACGAGGCUGGCAGCGACGAGGACGAAGGAGUGGAGAUGGAGGAGGAUGGAGCUGACGGGGGAGAGGAGAGGAAAGUCUACGUGCCCGGGAUCGAGCCGCUAAAGCCCGGAGAGCAGCUGGAGAUGGACCGGUCCGCGUACCGCAUGUACCACGAGUGUCAGACAGGUGCUCCGUGUCUGAGCUUCGACAUCCUGAGAGAUGGAGAUGGAGACAGCAGGGAGCAGUUCCCUCUGUCCAUGCUGCUCUGUGCGGGCACACAGGCGGACACGGCUCUGAGCAACAGGCUUAUCGUCAUACGCAUGCAUAACCUUCACGGAACAGAGAAAGACAAAGAGGGGGAAGAAAGCAGUGAUGAAGAAAGUGAUGAGGAUGAUGAGGAUGAAGACAAGAAGCCACAGAUGGAGCUGGCCAUGAUGCCUCACUAUGGAGGGAUUAACAGAGUCAGAGUGACCCGACGUGGAGAGCAGUCAUUGGCUGCUGUCUGGUCAGAGAAGGGACAGGUAGAAAUAUUUGACCUCCAACCUCAGAUGGAAGCCGUGCACAGUUCUGCUGCUAUGGCAACUUUCAUCAAGCAGCAGAAGGAAGCCACACCUCUCUUCAGCUUCUCAGGACACAUGGCUGAAGGCUUUGCUGUUGAUUGGUCACCUACAGUACCUGGUCGUCUUGUCAGUGGAGACUGCAAAAAGAACAUCCAUGUGUGGGAACCACGAGAGGGAGGGACUUCAUGGCAGAUUGACCAACGACCUUUUAGCUCCCACAGCAAGUCUGUGGAGGAUCUGCAGUGGUCGCCGACUGAAGCUACAGUUUUUGCAUCUUGUUCGGUGGAUCAGUCUAUUCGUAUCUGGGAUAUCCGGGCCCCACCCAAUUCAAUGCUUUCAGCCACCGAAGCUCACUCAUCAGACAUCAAUGUGAUCAGCUGGAACAGGACCGAACCAUUCAUCCUGUCAGGGGGGGACGAUGGGCUUCUGAAAGUAUGGGACCUUCGUCAGUUCAAGACCGGGCGGCCUGUGGCCAACUUCAAGCAGCACAGCGCCCCCGUCACGUCUGUGGAGUGGAGCCCCGUGGACUCGAGUGUGUUCGCCGCCUCGGGAGCGGAUGACGUCGUCAGCCAGUGGGAUCUGUCUGUGGAGUCAUGUGACGUGGGUGCCAGGGUGGAGGGGGUGAAGGACUUACCUCCUCAGCUUCUGUUCCUGCACCAGGGUCAGUCGGAGAUCAAGGAGAUCCACUGGCACCCACAGAUGCCUGGUGUGAUGGUCUCCACGGCUCUGUCAGGAUUCAACGUGUUCAGGACAAUAUCUGUGUAGUGUGUGUGUGUCGUGUGUCUGUGUGUGUGAGAGGUUUUUGCAUUCAUAUGAGUAGUACACAUUUGAUGUGUAAUGAGCAGUAAACUCUAAUAUGUCUCAUCAUUAAGGAGCUUGUAAUAAUGUAAAUAAUGCUGUGAAGGUAAUAAUUCUUCUUUUGGACAUGAAUUUGCCAACAUAGCUGCCAUAUGGUGUUAUAAACUUUACUAUUGAACUUUCAGUCUGUAUGUUUUACAGAUGCGCAAACAGUUUUAGGCAUUCCCUAUUGCUUAAAAU